UAAGUAAUGAGAGUUUCGUUUCCAAGUGAAAUCGAAACUAACAAUCGGUCCCGCCCUGAACCGGAGCCAGACCCGAGACCUGGACCCGAGACCAGGACCCGAGACCUGGAGCACAGAGGAAUUUAAACAACGACCAGAACCACGAGAGACUGUUUCAUAAUGAGCUCCUCAGGCUCCGCCCACGGCCCCUCAGGCUCCGCCCUCGACGCUCUGUCGUGUCACUUCACGUGGGGUCUGACCUUCAGUCGUGCGACACUGAUCCAGGUGAGGGACAAACUCAUGGACAUCGUCCCUGAAGAGAGCGCCACCUGGAGGGGGCAGAACUACAACCUGCAGGGCUUCCUCCAGCACAGACUGGGGCGCUCCUCAGAGGCCCUCAGCCUCCUGCGCUCGGCCUCAGAGGCCCUCAGGGGCCCCGAGCUCCUGGUGAACUACAGCGACCUGGCCUGGCUGCACCACGAGAGGGGAGAGCACGAGCAGAGCCAGGAGUACCUGAGCAGAGUGGAGGUGCUCAGGAGAGAGAACCCCACAGAGGGGGAGCACCCCGAGGUGCUGGCGGAGAAGGCCUGGACCCUGAUGAAGUUCGGGCGUCAGCAGAAGCUGGAGGCGGUCGAUGUGUUUGAGGCGGCGUUGGAGGCGGAGCCAGAGCGCGUGGAGUGGAGGAGCGCUCAGGUCAUCGCUCUCGCUAGUGCCAAAAAACACGACCCCGACCCCCCGGACGCUCAGCUGCUGCAGAGGGUGCAGAGGGCCCACGAGGACGACCCGGAGAACCUGUACCUGCACGUGCUGCACCUGAGCCUCAGGCAGCGCUGUGGGGACGAUGUGCUGGACGACGUCUCUGAGCUGGAGGACAGGAUCAUGGUCAGAGCCAACAGCAGCUUCAGUGGACUCAAGGCCGUGCUGCGCAUUUACCGAAACAUCAACCACCCGAACGGCGCCAUCAAGUGGGCGGAGAAGGCGCUGGACAAUCACCCCGACAGCCGCUACGUGAAACACUGCGUCGCACUCUGCUACAAGUGGAGGGUCCUGUUCCGAAAAGAUGGAGCGUCACAGCGCCGCCUGCUGGACAGAGCCAUAAGUCUGUAUGAGGAGGUGCUGGGUCUGUACCCAGACAUUCCUCUGGUCAAGGAGAUAGAUCUGGCAGAUCUUUACAGUAGGACCGAGAGAAGCAGAGCUGAGGAGAUGUACAGAAGACUCCUGCAGAGGAACAUGGAGCCUCCAGAGGCUCAGAUGCUCUACAACCGCUACGCCAAAUACUUAAAGUACAUGAAGCAGGACGUCUACAAGGCCAUCAAAUACCAUAAGAAAGCUGCACAAAUCGACCACGAUUCUUUCUUCAGAGACAACAGCCUCAAAGAGCUUCAGAAACACACCAGACAGAGUCUGGAGUCCAUCCUGGAGGAGCUGCAGAGCUUCUCCCUGAUGGAGCCUCUGGAGGAGCUGCAGUGUCACUUCACCUGGGAGCUCAAACGCAGCCGCUUCAUCCUGUUCUCCCUCAGGGACCGACUGGAGGACCUCGCCCCCGAAGAGAGCGCCACCUGGAGGGGGCAAAACUACAACCUGCAGGGCUUCCUCCAGCACAGACUGGGGCGCUCCUCAGAGGCCCUCAGCCUCCUGCACUCGGCCUCAGAGGCCCUCAGGGGCCCCAAGCUCCUGGUGAACUACAGCGACCUGGCCUGGCUGCACCACGAGAGGGGAGAGCACGAGCAGAGCCACGAGUACCUGAGCAGAGUGGAGGCGCUCAGGAGAGAGUACCCCACAGAGGGGGAGCACCCCGAGGUGCUGGCGGAGAAGGCCUUCAGUCUGAUGGAGUUUUACAACGACAAGAACCUCUUGGCAGCCGAGCUGUUGGACGAGGCUCUGAGGCAGCAGCCGGACAGACGGGAGUGGCUCAGUGCUCAGGCCGUGGCCCUCGUGAGCGCCCACAGACACAGCGACGACGUGGAUGAGAAGGUACUCCUCAAGAUAAAACGAGCCAUGGACAAGGACCCAGAGAACCUGCAGCUGCAGGCGGAGUACCUGAACCUGCGAGUGCAGAGAGAGGAGAGCGCCUACAGAGGGGAGCAGAGCGCCCACAGAGGGGAGCAGAGCGCCCACAGAGGGGGGCAGAGCGCCCACAGGGAGCAGCAGGGGCAGAGCGCCCACAGAGAGGGGCAGAGCGCCCACAGAGGGGGGCGGGGCUGGGGCACAGGGGAGGAGCUGAGGGCAGAGGUGUCCGCUCUGGCCUCUCAGCUCCUCCAGAAGCCUCAGACUUUACUCAGAGAUAUAAAGUGUGUUCUGGAGCUGCAGAGGAGGGCGGGGCGUGUGGACGAGGCCGUGGCGUUGGCGAACGCCGCUCUGAGGAAACGUCCCGACAGUCGGUACCUGAAGGCCUCCCUCGCCAUGUGCCUGAAGUGGCAGCUGGACCAGCAGGGGGAACGUGCGAGUCAGGAGCUGAUGGAGCAGGCGGCGGAGCUGCUGGGGGAGGUGGCCUCUCUGUACCCGGAGUCCUGCCUCAGAACUGAGUUGGACCGAGCAAACGUCUACGCCAAGUCCAACCGCGGCCUGGCACAGGCCCAGCGCCUGUACCAGGACCUGAUCCUGCGGGACCUGGAGCCCGUGUCCAGACAGAUGGUGCUCAACCAGUACGCCAAGUUUCUGAAACAUGAGCGACACGAUUAUGUGAAGUCCAUGGAGUACCACAUGAGGGCGGCAGAGAUCCCCUCGCCCUCCUUCUACAGAACCAACAGUAUCACAGUUUUACGCAGACUCAGCCCCAGAGACGAGCGUCUGCGCAGACGACUCCAACUCUUCCUUGAGAACCUCCAGGACUCAUGAAGCUCCUUCACUUCACUUGGAAGAACAUGUCAGGACAAUCUUUACUUUGAGCUUUUACCCACGUCACACUGUGUGCCUGGAGUUGUUUUCUGUUUUUCUGUUUGACUCACACUUGUUUCAUUAAAUCCAAAAUCUCUCUGAGCCUCAGAAACGACUCGUUCUCAUUUUGUCCAUUCAGUUUCUUCACAGAUAAAACUCCAAACGCCUGUGCAGUUUUUAAGCCCAUGAACCAUGACCGGACUCAGUCUGCGCUCAGACUCAGUCCAACACAUGACUCUGUCAGCGCAGAGUUCACGGAGGAUAAAGACUCAGGACUGUUUUCUUUCUACAUGUUUCUAAAGUGCUGACAGCAGAGGGAGCGCGCUGGGAACAGACGUGGAGAUUAUAAAGUGUCUAUUUCAAAUCCAAACAUAUUUAAAAAUGUGAAAUACUGAUCAAAAUUUUACCAAAAUGUGUGUUGUGUAAAAUCAUUAAAAUCAUCUUUGAAAAUGACAUGAAA